UACGAGCUAAACCCUAAAACGCCUGUCUCCGACUCCCAAAUCUGUUUUCCCCGAUCGCCCUUCCGACAGACGGGCGGCGCGCAGCGUCCGCCAAUAAUUAACAGAGGCAACGAGUGGCUCGAGUUCUCUCUCUCUCGCAGACACACACACAUUGUUCGUAGCGUUUGGCUGUUGAAUGGAAAUCGUUUGACGGGCCUGCUGAGUACGGGAUUGGCGGGGCUAUCCCAGUUUCUUGUAGCCUAUUUCUUUUGAUCGUUAUGUGAUAUUCAUCAAUAAGCUCGGAUGCUGACUGCUGCGAGAGGACGCGCCUUCUCUUCUUCCCCAGUCUCGUCUUCCUCAAAAUGGGUGUUUAUUGGCCUGUCUAGUGAACUACUACAAUCGAAUUCUAGAGGACGGUGUAAAUCAUUUGCUGCUUCAGUUCCCCCGGGUCCAUUUAAACCACAAAAGGGCAAGAGGUUAACUAAACAAGAAAGGCGCACUUUGGUAAAGUCCUUUGUUGACAAGUAUAGAGCCUCAAAUGCAGGAAGAUUUCCUGCAGUUACUUAUGUCCUACGAGAGACUGGUGGGUCUUAUUACAGUCUAAAACUGAUUGUACAAGAAAUAGAGUACAACAAUAAGUUGUCCUCCUUAAAUAAGGGGACUGUUCAGUUGCGAAAAGCAGAAGACAUUAAUCAAAAUUCAGAUGCCAAAGAAGUGUCCUCUACAUCUGUCAGAGAUGAAACCUUGAAAUCAGUCAUUGAUAGCAAAGAUGAACCAUCAGUCUCUCUGAAAUUGGGAAUUGAAACAAAAACCUCAAUGUCUUCUUCCGGAGAAUCUGUGGGCUCCAGAAAAGAGAUAAGCACUAAAGACUCUUCACAUGAUGCACCUUCCCCAAAGGUAGUUAAAGAUACAGGAAAUCAUGGAGUUUCGGUGACAGAGGAACGUCGUAGUGAUCAUCAUAGAAGUUCCGAGCAAGGAUUUUCAUCAAGGACGGCAAACUUGUGGGGAAACUUAAGGUCAUUAGCAGAUGGGAUCAUUAGCCUCUGGAGAAAAAUGUAGGUCUUGAUCAUAUUCUCAGCAAAUUGGUAUUUCCAAUGGAGAUUGGAUUGCCUCUUCUCACUAUGUAAUGCUGAUCUUGGUGCUGCGGAGGAGGGUGCCUUUCAACUUUUCCAGUGUUUGUUUCUGCAAGUUAGUUGCUUCAGUCAUCAGGCAUUUUCGAUCUAAUGAUGAAACAAUGAAAGAUUGUCCUGUGACAACCCUUGCAUCGUUUUUGUGGCACAUGCUGUGCUCUACAAUAAUUAGUCACUAUGUGUGCACUUUCA